GUACGUUGCUGAUGUUCCCAUAUUAAUUUUUACUCAUACAUAAUCAUUCUGUUUUGAAGUCUGGACACUGAACCCAACAACGCAUCCAGGUGGUGCAGGUUAGAGUAUCCUCUGCCAACCUACAUUCUGUCAAUGUCGAUUAUUUCUAAAGUAUUUGCAUCCACCAGUUUCUGGACAACAUCUUUACUGGCGCUUCGGGCAUCUAGCGGCUUCUGCGCACGCCACGUUACCGAUUUGGGAAAGCUCUCUCCCGAAACGUGUCCAGCGAGUAAUCGCGCACUCCCAUCUGUUUGCACUCGUCCAGCAUUCUCUACGUCUGCAUUCACCUUGAAUAAAAAAACCAUGGCUGACGCGUCUGAGUCUGACGAAGUGCAGAAAGCUCAAACGAUGAAGUCGUCCAGUGCGCCUUCCAUUUUCACGCGGAUUAUCAAUAAGGAGAUUCCCGGCAAAUUUUUGUACGAAGACGACCAGUGUGUCGUGCUCGUGGACGUCAACCCUCAGGCACCGGUUCAUUUUUUGGUUGUUCCCCGUCGCCAAUUGGAAGGUCUGAGCCAUGCCACGGAUGCGGAUGAAUUAUUGCUUGGACAUCUACUGAAUGUGGCUCGUAAAGUUGCAGAUCAGGAAAAACUGCAUAGCGGAUAUCGUGUUGUAAUAAAUGACGGCAAACAUGGGGCCCAAAGCGUUCCGCAUCUACACAUCCAUGUUUUUGGGAAACGUCAAAUGGGAUGGCCACCUGGGUGAAAGUAUCCACUUAGUGGCACUUACGCGGCAAUAUGAUGUUACUUUUCGUCAUUCGAACGGCUGGUUUAAUAAUUUUUUUCUUUCUAUGGUUAGUUCGGGUUUUUCGCAUUGCAUUUGUAUCGUUUUCCACUGACUUACGGGUAAAUGAUUAAAAAGCGUGUUUUCCGG